AUGUCGAACGCCGAAGAAACUAUCAAUUACCCGGAAUCAUUUUCCUGCGAGGAAAUGUUAGCCAAAGCAAAAUGGUAUCACGAGGACCUUCAGAAAGGAGGCUGGCGUGAAAUAUAUAACGAGCGUGAUAAAGCACAAUUUUGGAUAAAGAACUUCCCUGGGGAAGAAGUACGUACAAAAGUUCUGUUCAAAUAUCAACUAGCAUUGUCAGUUCAACAAUUUAGUGAGGUUUCGAGCCCUAAAAAGCUGGAGUUUCGCGUUCAAUGGGACAAAGCGUUCUUCGGCAAUGAACUGCUGGAAGAAUAUCCUGAUGGCGGGGGGUACUUGGUGUGUUUUAGAACCAAAAUGCCAUGGCCUCUUUGUGAUCGAGAGUUUUUGACUUUCACAACCGAAGCUAUAGAAGUGAAGUGGUAUGAUAAACAAGCGUAUCUCAUCCCGUAUAUGAACGCUUUACACAAGUCCAAACCAGCAAACGAAGGGCCAUAUGUAAGAGUAACAAACGGCGGUCAGUUUGUAAUUGCAACGGCAAACGAGAGCGAUCCUGAUCACAGCUGUACCAUAUUUGGUUUAUCGCACAAUCUAUACAACGGCAAUAUGCCUUCAAAAGGUAUAACAUGGCUUCUCGCUCGCGCCGUGCCCAAAGCCUUUCUCAACUUCUAUGGAAGUAUGCUCGAAGGACAUAAAAGAUUUUUUGCUGAUAAGUCAUAAAUAUAUAGGUUAAUAAUUAAUGCUUUUAGCGAAAGGAAUGUUUUACCUCUUGAGUCUUUUAAACAGUAUUAAUACAAGUGUGCUCAUGACGGAUUUGCAUAGGUAGUCACCAAAACUGUCACGACAUCAAGGAUAGCCAAGUCAAAGCGUAAUUUAAUCUUAGAAAGAUGAUAGCGUGAUUGUUUUAAUAUGAUUUGCCAAGUUCUGGGGACAGAGUAGAUGUAGUAGUGGUAGUUUAUUGCAAAUAGUUUAAAACGGCCCAUUGCAUGGAAAGCAGAAACAGCUGAAGGGCUUCCGUUUAACAUAUUU